AUGUUGGAGUGUCCUUUAACUCUGUCUGAGAAAACUAAAGAGUUGGACAAAGUGCGUUCAGAGUGGACGAGUCAGAGCAGCUCUCUGUCCAGCCGUCAUUCUCAGGAGUUACAGUCAGAGAGAGAGAAGGCUGCAGAGUUACAGAGCAGGCUUCAGCAGCAGACUGACAAGCUCCGUCAGGAGCUGGAGAGUUCUCAUAAGACAAGCAGCCUACAGCUUCACAGCAGGCUCACAGAGCUGGAGGCCUCCUGCAGAGAGCUGACAGAGCGGAAAUACAAGAACGAGUCUGUCAUCAGAGACCUGAAGAUUAAACUAGUGGGAGCAGAGGAGGAGUGCCAGCGUUCCAAGCAGCAGGUCCUGUCUCUCAGGAGGGAGAACAGCACCCUGGACACAGAGGUCCAUGACAAGGAGCGUUUGGUGAGCCAGCUGCAGAUGAAAGUGGCUGUUCUGGAGCAGGAGAUCAAAGAUAAGGAUCAGCUCAUGCGCCGCACAAAAGAGGUGCUGGAAGCCACCCAGCAGCAGAAGGUAUCGAUGGAAGAAAAUGCUGGAAGUAAAGAACUUCAGAGUAAAAAACUUGAGGCAACAGUGAAAUCUCUUUCUGAGGAGCUGAUAAAGGCUAAUGGUAUCAUUAAGAAGCUGCAGGGAGAAGUUCGAGGCCUAGUUGGAAAAAUAAAAGUCAAAAACACUGUGACUGUGUCACAGGAGAAGGUCCUCCAGGAAACAUCAGAAAAACUUCAGAAUGUUGAAAAGGAUCUCCAGAGCACUCGGCAGCAGCUCAUCAGUAAGAAUGAACAGGUUUCAAAAGUGAAGGAGCAGUUGGAGACGACGGUACAGAAGCUAAAUGAAAGCAGAGAGGUGUUGAAAACAAACGAGAAUGUUAUAAAUUGGCUCAACAAGCAGCUCAAUGAAAAGCAGCUCUCCACAAAGCCCCAGUCUCCUGACUCUGUGGACAAUCCUUCACUUCUAUCCACAGCACCAGCACUGAGGGCACAGUUUUAUCCUCAGACAGGCAAAGCUGCUGCUGAUGUGACGCCUGCCGGACAGCGAUCAGUGCAGCAAGCCAUCAGACUCACUGGAGACUCUGCCGGUCUGGAUUCUAAGUACUUUGAGAAGAGAGAUGAUAGCAUCCCCAUCUACGGUCUGUCGUCUAAUCUGCUUCUCAAAGAGUUCCCUCAGCGAACAAAGCCCUCCAUAGCUUCUGCUUAUUUCUCUGCAUGAAGCAGAAGCAGCUUGAUUUUCAUUUCAGCUCCAGGUGGAAGUAAAAGCAGCAGAACCUCACCAUCCAGCUCCUGUUGGUGACCUGCUGUGUUGUUUUUAACUAACUAUGGUGCUAUUUGAAUUCAUCUGUGUUUGGAUUUAAGACUUUCUGUAUGGUGGAUCCAGUGAUCAUGGAGAAUGUAUGAAAAUCUUCAAAUUUUCCUAAUACUGUAUAUAAAGUUUGCCAUCUUUAAGUGUUUGUAUUGUAUCUUUGUUAUCUGUUGUCAUUCAGUUAUGAAGUGGUAUCUUUAAUAAACAGCUUUUCCAUCCUCA